AUGCCUCGUCUCACCCACACAAAUCUGUCGCUGCCAUUCGCCCACUACUCGAUGGCGGGGGCUUUGAAAGGAGGCAGGAGGCAGGAGGCAGAGUGCCGUAUUGUAUACGAUGGCAUGCCGAGGAAUUGCGGUCAGCACGGUUCGGGCACGAGCACAACACUUGCACGAGCACACGACAGCAAGGCGACGUAUUCGUACUUUUCCCUGUUCCAUCUCAUAAAACGCCGCACCCGAGACCGUGGAACCCGCCGCUUCAGCACUGCGGCGCUUGACCUCAUCGCGCCCUGGGCUACCGUGCUCUCUCGCCCUUCUCUCUCGUUUUGUACUAAUCUCUCACAGGGUUUGUCGUCUCCUUGCAUCAUCCGGAUCCGGGCGCUCACUGUCUUCUCAUCUCCCCGUCGGCAUCUUGGACCGAAUUCUGCCCUAUCGUAG